UUCAAAAGCUGACCCAGAUGAUUGGGAAGAAUGUGAAGCUCUAUGAUAUGGUGUUGCAGUUUCUGAGGACCUUGUUCCUUCGGACAAGGAAUGUGCAUUACUGCACGCUACGGGCAGAGCUCCUGAUGUCGCUGCAUGACCUGGAAAUCAGUGAAAUCUGCACCGUUGACCCCUGUCAUAAGUUCACCUGGUGCCUUGAUGCUUGCAUUCGGGAGAAGUUUGUGGACAACAAGAGAGCUCGGGAGUUGCAAGGGUUUCUGGAUGGAGUGAAGAAAGGACAAGAACAAGUGUUGGGGGACUUAUCAAUGAUCCUGUGUGACCCCUUUGCCAUUAACACCUUAGCCUUGAGUACCAUAAGGCACCUGCAAGACCUGGUUGGGCAGGACACCUUACCCAGGGAAAGCCCGGAUCUGCUGCUGCUCCUUAGGAUGCUGUCUUUGGGACAGGGGGCCUGGGACAUGAUUGACAGUCAAGUCUUCAAGGAACCAAAAAUGGAAGCAGAGUUGAUCACAAAGUUCUUGCCUAUGCUGAUGUCUUUUGUGGUGGAUGACCACACGUUCAACGUAGAUCAGAAGCUGCCCUCGGAGGAGAAGGGGCCAAUUCCCUACCCAAGCACCAUUCCUGAAGCUUUCACCAAAUUCUUGCAGGAGAACAGAAUAGCUUGUGAGAUUGGGCUGUAUUACAUCCUUCACAUCACGAAACAGAGGAACAGGAAUGCUUUCCUUAGGCUCCUGCCAGCACUAGUUGAGACGUUCAGUGACUUGGCCUUCAGUGAUAUUUUUCUGCAUCUGCUUACUGGUAACCUCACGCUGCUGAGUGACGAAUUUGCGCUCGAGGAGUUCUGCGCCAGUCUCUUUGAUGGCUUCUUUCUCACUGCCUGCUCAAGAAAGGAGAACGUACAUAGACAUGUGCUAAGGCUGCUGCUUCACCUGCAUCACAAAGUGGCGCCUGCCAAAUUGGAGUCUCUCCAGAAGGCUUUGGAACCCACCAAGCAGAGUGGGGAAGCUGUGAAGGAGCUUUAUAAUCAACUCACUGAGAAACUGGAGCUUCGCAAGCCAAGUCCAGCCGAAGUGACUGAGACUCCCUCCAUGGAACUGCCCUUGCCCACUGUGCCCACACCAGCCUCACGCUGAGCUACGUCUGCAGCGCAGGAGUGGGACAGAACUAACCUCGUGCUCCGCAGCUGCAGCGUGAAGGCACUGUGCUGCCUUUCAGGUGUCUCUGCCUACAGGGUGGAAACAAACAACAACAAAAAAACCCCACUGAAGCUCUUUCAGGAAAGUUUACCCAACUCACUGGCUCUUGCUGGUUAGAAAACUCUGUAUGCGGUGCAUUGCAAAAGUUGACUUUUCUUAAAGAUAGCAGUGUCGUCUUGUAGAUCCACUUAAAAUCUGACUGUACGUUUUUGGUUUUUUCAAAAAGAAAAUGCAUAUUUUUAA